CCUUAUCUAUACCCGUUAGAACUCAGAACCCCUACCUCGUUCCCUUUUCAUCUGCAACCCACCAAAAUAAUGGCAGUGAAAUGGUCAUCAUAUUCGUCUCUGCGUUUCUCCGAUUUCGUGUCCUCUUGCGCACAUAAUUCCUCUCAAAAUUACAAUUCUGACCACAUAUGGCUUCGUCUUCCAUCGAAAUCCCGCGCGAGGAGAUUGACGAUGCGGAUUAUCUGUGCGGCGACACCAUCAAAGAGGAAACUGGCGGAGAAAGAGAUUUCGGAGAGAGAUAACAGAGUCCUGGUCCGGAGCCUGAUGGGGAGGUUUAGCGACAAAGAGCCACUGGUCAAGACGCUUGAUAAGUACGUCAAGGUCGUAAGGUGCGAACACUGCUUUAUGCUUUUCGAAGAGCUUGGCAAGAGCGACAAGUGGCUGCAAUGCCUCGAGGUGUUCAGGUGGAUGCAGAAGCAGCGUUGGUACAUUGCGGAUAAUGGCGUGUAUUCGAAGUUGAUAUCAGUCAUGGGAAAGAAGGGUCAAACUCGGAUGGCGAUGUGGCUCUUUUCCGAGAUGAGAAACAGUGGAUGCCGUCCUGAUGCAUCUGUUUACAAUGCCCUUAUAACAGCACAUCUCCACACUCGAGACAAGGCGAAAGCUCUGGAGAAAGCUCUCGGGUACUUCAACAAAAUGAAGACGAUGGAACGGUGUCAGCCCAACAUUGUGACGUAUAAUAUCCUCUUGAGGGCCUUUGCUCAGGCGGGAAGAGUAGACCAAGUGAAUUCUUUGCUCCAAGAUUUGGAUAGUAGCAUAGUUUCUCCUGACAUCUACACCUUUAAUGGGGUGAUGGAUGCAUACGGAAAGAAUGGGAUGAUCAAGGAAAUGGAGUCUAUUCUUGCUCUUAUGAAGAGUAACCAAUGCAAGCCAGAUAUCAUCACAUUCAAUUUGCUGAUCGAUUCGUAUGGGAAGAAGCAAGAGUUCGAAAAGAUGGAGCAAGUGUUCAGGAGUUUGCUUCGGUCCAAGGAGAGGCCAACUCUGCCUACAUUCAAUUCGAUGAUUAUAAAUUAUGGGAAAGCUCGUCUGAGAGAAAAGGCGGAGUUGGUAUUCAAAAAGAUGAACGAUAUGAAAUACAGAGCAAGCUUUAUUACAUAUGAAUGUCUCAUAACCAUGUACGGUUACUGUGACUGCGUUUCCAAAGCUAGGGAGAUAUUUGAUGAGAUUGUCCAAUCAGAAAAGGAGUUGAAGGUGUCCACACUCAAUGCGAUGCUUGAAGUUUAUUGUCUGAAUGGUCUUCACCAUGAAGCACAUGAGCUUUUCCAGAAUGCUCGUGCUUCUCGAGUUUGUCCAGAUGCUUCAACAUAUAAGCUUCUGUACAAAGCAUACACUAAAGCAAACAUGAAGGAGCUUGUGCAGACGCUGAUGAAGCAAAUGGAGAAAGACGGGGUUGUACCUAAUAAGAGAUUCUUCCUGGAAGCACUCGAGGCUUUUGGGUCUACGCUCCCUGGUUCAGAUUCGCAAAGCAAGAACAUGACUGAUUCAACCGGGCAAAAAGACAAUGCAGAAGAGUUUAUCAUAAGCGAUCGAAUGUAAUGACAGUCUUUCCUUUGCUGUCUGUUUCAAGACAUGCUUCGGUCCAAUCCUUCACUGGCUGCAAAUCUGGUUAUAAAGUAUAAACCCACCAGCGAGUUGUUCACGCAUUCUCAUGAGCCAUGGUUAGUAGCCUUUUCUUCUACCUCUUAAAGGCACUGGACAAAUGUCUCCAUGUUUCAGCUCGUUUCAGCGGGGGCUGCUUUGUUUACUGUAGUUGAUUUUCUCGUGGGAUUCCUUUUGGAGUCUGGUAAGAGGAUGGAUGAAGAGAGUUGUAUUCUUUUUGUAAAUGUUGAAACUCUUAUUUGCCACCGAGCUUGAUGGCGUUUGGUUCCGUGCGUUGAUACC